AUGGCACUUUGUAGUCUGAACCAUUUUUCGGAAAAAGUUUCAAGUUUGAAGGACAUUGAAAUAUGCGCCGUAGUGUACCGUUCACUAGCGGUGAUUCGAGUUUCCACCAGCCAUACGGAUACGAAGACGCAACAGCCAUUGCAUUGUCUGGAAUACCUUCAAGGCAGAACACUCGGACGCAAUUCCUUUACAGGUUUGGGCACGGUGACCGUCAUUCACACCACUCUUCCCAUUAAUCUCUCCGGUUCUUGCCUCCACGGCUACUUUACUUUCUCGUCCUUAUCUGUUUUACUCUCAUCUCUCUCCCUUAUUUGGUUUCUCUGGGAUCUCAUUUCCCACAGCCUUGGGAUUUCGAGGCUUAUCCAAUUCCUUUUCUGCUCCCACCACCGCUCCUUCGUUUGCAAUUCCUCCCUUGGGUGCUUCGGCGACUCCCAAUCCGAUUUCGCCAUUGGACCCCUGAGCCAUGUUUCCUGCCAAGUCUACAUUGUCGAUCUCACCAUCAGCAUUUUUACCAAUCUUGACCAUGUUGUCAAAGUUCUCCUGAGGUUUAUUCACCUGGGGUAUAGGGUUGUUUCUCAACAAUUCAGGUGCAAUUACUUCGUAUUCUGGAUCAGGUGUCGGCCUCAUAUCUUGCGCAACCCAAUACAUUAUUACGCCAAACAACAGCAACAUCAAGAUGUAACCAAUGAUUUUUCUCAUAGGAGUUGUGAAAAAAGUACGAGGCAUCUUAUCGUAUGGAGACUGAAACUUCUUUUUGGUACUUGGUUUCAUGUAAUAGGGCCUGGGAAGCCCAUUGUUUUUGUAGGUUCCUUGCAUGGGCAAUGA